GUUGUAGGGAGUCUGGUAGUCGAAGAAAGCAGACCAUAGGCAUAUUGAGUAGACAUUUAUGAAAAUAAUUUAUGAGAAUUGAUUUCAUUCGUGUUAAAUAAGCAGACCAAUUUAUUGUCGAUAAGUAGAAAGUUACUUAAUCUGAAUGAUAAAAUUGAGAAAAUAGCAGUUUAAUAUUUGUGUUAUUGAACUAUUUUAUGUAUUGCAUUGUACAUUAAUUUGUAUCCAAGUGUUGUCUAGCAUAUUUUAGUAUGAUGUGGCUACUGCUCUGCGCUGGUUUCAUUAUUAUGCCAUUUGUAGUCGAAUCUAGUGUCUCCAGGCGGUAUAUAAUCGGCUGCCCUGACCGGUGUGACAAGUCAUCAUGUCCCCCAGUUUCUGCAAACUGCUUAGCAGGCGAAAUCCUGGACCAAUGUGGCUGCUGCAAAGUUUGCGCGGCUGGAGAGGGCGAGGUGUGCGGCGGCUUCGGGAGAUUGGGCGACCCGGUGUGCGGAGAUGGGAUGGAGUGCUCGGUGUCGGAAGGAGUGAGCUACUCUGCUACGGUCAGGCGGAGAGGCAAGAGCGGCGUGUGCGUGUGCAAGAGCUCGGAGUCCGUGUGCGGCAGCGACGGCGCGUCGUACAGCAACGUCUGCGAACUGAAGAGAGUCAGCAACCGUGCGCAAAAAGUCCAGCAGCCACCUGUCAUCUUCAUACAGAGAGGAGAAUGUGGACAAGGUCGGGAUAAUCCAGACAGCCUGCGAUACAAAUACAACUUCAUCGCCGACGUGGUGGAAAAGAUCGCUCCUGCAGUGGUUCAUAUUGAACUUUACCGCAAGAUGGUGUUCUCGAAGCGGGAGAUCGCGGUGGCCAGCGGGUCGGGCUUCGUGGUGUCGGAGGACGGCCUGAUCGUGACCAACGCCCACGUCGUGGCCAACAAGCAUCGGGUCAAGGUGGAGCUGAAGAGCGGGGCGAGCUACGACGCCAAGAUCACGGACGUGGACGAGAAGGCCGACAUCGCCCUCAUCAAGAUCGACACCCCGACCAAGCUCCCGGUGCUGCUCCUGGGGCGUUCGGCGGACCUGCGGCCGGGCGAGUUCGUGGUGGCCAUCGGAAGCCCCUUCUCCCUGCAGAACACCGUCACCACCGGCAUCGUCAGCACCACCCAGCGCGGGGGCAAGGAGCUGGGCCUGCGCAACUCCGACAUGGACUACAUCCAGACCGACGCCAUCAUCAACUAUGGAAACUCAGGAGGGCCCCUGGUUAACCUGGACGGGGAGGUGAUCGGCAUCAACACUCUGAAAGUGACCGCUGGCAUCUCCUUCGCCAUCCCCUCCGACAAGAUCCGCCAGUUCCUGGCCGAGUCGCACGACCGACUGACUAAAGGGACGGUGGUGCUUAAGAAAAAGUACAUUGGCGUGAGGAUGAUGACGCUCACUCCAGCACUCGCUAAGGAGCUGAAGCUGAGGCAGAAGGACUUCCCUGACAUUACCUCCGGUGCCUACGUCAUCGAGGUCAUCCCCAAAACCCCAGCAGCCACCGGAGCUCUGAAGGAGCACGACGUCAUCAUCAGCAUCAACGGCCAGCGCAUCUCCUCCGCCGGGGACGUCAGCAACGCCAUCAAGCGGGACGCCACCCUGCGUCUGGUGGUGCGGCGGGGAAACGAGGACGCCAUCCUCACCAUCAUUCCGGAGGAGAUCGACCCCUGAACCUUGACCCUCGACCCUCGACCUCCGCCUUCACUUUCCCGGACCUGGGUUUCAGUGCCUCCGCAUGGACCUUAGCUGGGUGACUGGAGCCCUGCCCACUUCUACUCAGCAGAAUCUGUAACCAGUGGCGUCUCUGGAAGCUGCUGGUUUACGGCGGUGCAGGAACGGACAGUGUGCGAAUCAUCCCCAGACACAACUCUCGUCCCUGAGCUAUAAACAUCUUUCUCUCUUUUUUUAAAUGUAUGCUUGGAAAAGAUGUUACUACUGUUAAACUCAAGCCAAUGACCAGUGUUAAUUUGUCUUCUUCUGUUUUGUCUGUUUGUUUUUAUACUGUACUUCUUAAAAAAGUUUUGAAUGCCUUUUUUAAACUUUCUUUUUUUGAUGUUGUUGUUAUGAUUUCCUUGAGGAUUUACAAGAUGCCAAAUAAACAAUUUGUGUUUA